AUGGCAAUGCCCAUUGGCAGGCAGAUGUCAAUAAAAAAAAGAAUUUCAGGCCCAGCCCGAAGAUUAGAGCUUGGACUGCGAGUCCUUCAUUCCAUUAUGCUACCUUCUUGCAGUCACCAUCUUCCCUGCUGCAAUUUUGAACCUGCUCUGAGGCAGCUCUUUCUGAGCAUGUCCUCCUUUCAUCCAUGCCAUGUGCAGGAGCACCAUCUACGGCUCAGUGCUGCCACUGUCAGAACUCCAACAUCUUCUCCUGGUGGUAUGCCACACAGGUCUUGGGGACAAAAGCAACGUAGCCCAAGAAUGCCUGGCCCUCUGCCUGCCUUCAGCCCCUCCAACAUCUUCAGCUGCACCAAAGCAGUCCUGGAAACCGUAUGCACCCCAGCCACCAACUCCUCAAAGGAACACCGGCCGUAG